AGAGGGAAACUUAAGCUUUCUGGCCCUGAUUUUCCAUCCCUAAAGGCAUUCUGUGGCUUCUAAAAAAAGCCCUGUAUAUUUGAAGUAUUGCGUCACGUGACCAGGGCUGUAUUUAUGAAUCAAAGAGUUCAGUGCUUUCUGAGAGAAAGACAGAAAAAAAAAACAAAGAGAGAGAGCAACAACAGGGGGACGCUUCUCUGUUCGCAAAACUACAACGGCUGUAAAGAAGACAUGCAUGUCAGAGAAAGUUUGAUUGAAAGAGGGAGGGCAAGAAUGCCAGAGAGCGAAUGAGGAGGUAGAGUGAGUGGUGGUGAAGGGGGGAGCGAAAGAGAAAAGGCGGAAUGCAACAGGCUUCUUUAUUCGCACAGAGAGACACAUCUGACUUAUACAAGUCAACAAGCUGCUCUCGUAUGCUCAGUUCAGGCUUUCCCUCCAGACCUUCACUCACCAUAACAGGCAUCUGUUGGAUUACUGUGCAUCAGUUCUGGAUCACUUGCUGAGAUCACCUUCCAUUCAGAUCAGUGCUGCGCAAAUGUUUAGAAUGGAUUUUCGAUUAUUGCACACAGCUUGUUAAGAGAAAUCCUUUUAUAAAUAGCAUUGAAGUUAAAAGAAGUGGUAAUUUACCAUCUCAACAAUAGGACGAUAGGACAGUUUUUGGACACUGGAGGACCGCCAUCAUCACAAUGGCAACCAAUAGGGAGAGGCCUAUGAGUCAUAUGACAGGGUUCUACCCUUUUGCCUUCAGUUCAAUGCGAAACCACUCCCCCUUUGAUCUUCUGGCCAAUGGCAGCCUAUUUGGACGAUUUGGAGCAGACCUACCCAAAGAGAUGGCAGCUCUGUCGGUGGAGACCCAGAGCACAAGCUCAGAGGAGAUGGUUCCCAGUUCUCCUUCUCCACCCCCUCCUCCUCGUGUCUAUAAACCCUGCUUUGUGUGCCAGGACAAAUCUUCUGGCUACCAUUAUGGAGUCAGCUCUUGUGAGGGCUGCAAGGGUUUUUUCCGUCGCAGUGUCCAGAAGAACAUGGUGUACACCUGCCACAGAGACAAAAACUGCCAGAUCAAUAAAGUGACACGGAACCGCUGUCAGUACUGCCGGCUGCAGAAGUGCUUUGAGGUUGGCAUGUCUAAGGAAGCGGUUCGGAAUGACAGGAAUAAGAAAAAGAAGGACAUCAAAGAGGAGGUGGUUCUUCCAGAAAGCUACGAGCUGAGUGGAGAACUGGAAGAACUGGUUAAUAAAGUCAGCAAAGCACACAAGGAAACCUUCCCUUCGCUCUGUCAGCUCGGAAAGUACACGACUAAUUCCAGUGCGGAUCAUAGGGUUCAGCUGGAUCUUGGACUGUGGGAUAAGUUCAGUGAGCUCUCCACAAAGUGCAUUAUAAAGAUUGUGGAGUUUGCCAAACGUCUGCCAGGUUUUACUUCGCUCACCAUCGCAGACCAGAUCACCUUACUGAAAUCUGCCUGCCUUGACAUACUGAUGUUGCGGAUUUGUACUCGCUACACACCAGAACAGGACACUAUGACCUUUUCGGAUGGACUGACCCUCAACAGAACACAGAUGCACAACGCUGGCUUCGGUCCACUCACAGACCUGGUGUUUGCUUUCGCUGGGCAGCUCCUGCCUCUGGAGAUGGACGACACAGAGACAGGGCUCCUUAGUGCCAUCUGCCUCAUCUGUGGAGACCGCAUGGACCUGGAGGAACCUCAUCGGGUGGACCAGCUACAGGAGCCCCUGCUGGAGGCGUUAAAGAUCUACGCUCGCCGGAGACGCCCUAACAAGCCUCACAUGUUCCCACGAAUGUUGAUGAAGGUCACUGACCUCCGAGGCAUCAGCACUAAAGGAGCAGAGCGAGCCAUCACUCUAAAGAUGGAGAUCCCAGGUCCCAUGCCUCCUCUGAUCAGAGAGAUGCUGGAGAACCCUGAGGUCUUUGAGGAGAGCUCUGAUUCUAAAGACACUGGUGCUUCUGCCCCACCGCCUCCUGCCAUCCAAGCCAUCAAACGUGAGAGGGAUGAGGAAUCUGCUCUGGAGGAUGAAGAGGACGAGGAUGAUGAGUGUGCAGAGGAGGGACGGGACCGAGCAGGGGACAGCGAGGAUGAGGAAUGGGGACUCCUGCAAGUGGACAUGGGUGGAGCUAGAAAGAGUGCGACUGGAAGAGCUCAGUGACCGCCAUGUGUGCGGCUCUGAUACAUACAGACAACAGAGGACAACAUUUAUAUUCCAGACACCUGAUCAGUUGAUACAAACAAAGUCAUUCAGUCAAGCAAUUUCCCAUAAUGAACUAAAAAAGGCUUCAUAUGACAAAAACAAAACAACACAUGCACAACUUUGCACAUCUAGUUUCCUUCAACUUUUCAAAAGCAGUAAAAUUUAACCAUAAAAGAGAAAACCUUAAGAACAUGCCAACACUGUUACUUCAGACAGUGUUUCUCUAACUAAAAAAUUAGAAAUUAAAAAUAAUGCAAGACCAGAGAAAGAUACGCCACAGUGCCAUAUCUAGAAGUUACUUGUAUGCAUAUUUUGUACUUCAUUUGGAGAUGCCAAAUAUUUUAGAAUGUAGCCCAAAGCCUUGUUUUGUAAGGGAAAAAUAUAUAUAAUGUAUGACUAUAUGUGGAUACCUUAUCAGAACUGAUCAAUGAGAAAAAAAAAUGAAAAGAAGAGCAAACAACCACAUACAGUAAAUGACCAAUUCAACACAAUGGUCUAAAAACAUACAUUUACUACAUAAUGUAACUUUGUACUCUUGAUGUUGCAUUGUCUCAGUUAUAUUUUAUUGUGAAUAUUUUCAGCAACUCUGUGCUUCUUUCAGUGUGUUAUAAUGUGUUAUUGAUGACAUGCCUCUUUAAGAAACACUCCAAAUUCCCACACAGCCCUACAGCCAUACAACUCUACAUCCAAAUUUGACACGUACACCAACUUUAAGUUUUGGGCAUUAGACGAUUAAAACAUUUAAUUUAAAGAUUGGAAGAAAAAAAUAUAAAUACAUCACAUUAUUACAUAUCAAAUCUUUCACUCAGGGCAAAUAAAGGACCAAAGGUGAUCUACAUGUCUCAGAACAUGUGUGCACUAUACAUAUAUUUUGUCUUCAAAUAUUCUAUAUAAAUAAGCAAAAAGUAACAUUAAAAGCUAAAAUGUAAAAUUUUUCUCUGGGAUUUAGAAGAGUUGUGUGAUUAGAUAUUAAAGCAAUAACACACCAAUAUUUUAGAUAAAAAAGGAAGCACAACUCUAGAGUGUCAAACAUAAGACGAGCAUCUCAGCAAAAAUGAGCAGUGGUGUGCACAAACUGUUCCUUUCAGUCUCGUAAAAACUGACUACAAAUACAUUGGUUUCUUAUGUUCAAAUGAUUACAGCUCCAGCAGAUCAGAGAGGCUUCAGAAAGUGACUGUAUUGCUUUGAUGGAUGUCCAUCAAACUAUAUAAUAAUAAUAAAAACAAAACUCAAAUUUUGAUAACAUCAGUCAGAAUUACUGGCUUCGUAAGAGUGAUAUAAUAAGAGUGGUCACUUUGUACAGUUAAUAUCAUAAAUAAUGGAAAAGUUUUCAAAGUCAACCAAAGAUUUUUUUAGUUUAUUUUUUUACCCUAACCAAUAAGCCAUUUUUAACACUACAACAGUAUUCUUUGAAGUGUGUUGGAUCACCAUGUAUUUAUUAAAAUUCCAUAUAAAUAUGGUAAUCAUUCAGUACAAAAACCUGUAUGUUAAUACCAUGGUAUUGAAUGAUUACCAUAUUUAUAUGCCAUGGUGUUUACAUUUUAAAGAAAUAUGUUUUAAAACUUCAAAAAGUAAUAUGGAAUUACCAUGGUAUAUGUCAAAUAACAUGCUAUUACUAUGUUAACAGUUAUUUGUAGGUGAGAAUUAUCGUAGAGUAGUGUUUUUGAUUAAAAAGCACUCUACAAAAUUAGGUCUAUAGUGAGUUCUGUAGUCUAUAGCAUUUUUUCAGUACCCUUUUUGUCCUUCUGCCCUGCUAAGGUCUGUGCACGCCACUGAUGACAACGUUAUACCUCCUCACAUGACAGAACAGUGUUACCAAAACAACUCAUAAGCUUCUGAUUAUGUUCUGAUAUAUAGAAGCAGCACAGCAAGAUAUGUUUGGAUAGAGCCAUAUGGUUUAAGGUUGUAAGCUGCAUGCAUGCAUAGUUGUAUACUAUUUGCUUAAAACAUGAUAAGAUAUCUCUUUUAUACUUUCAUUUUUCUACUUUUGUGUCACUGCAAACCAUUUUAUUUUAAUACGUCAAGAGGACAUCUCAGACUUUUUGUCUUGUUUUGAAAUGUUGUUCUCUUAAAAUGUUUUCAAACACAAACACAUCAUAGGCUAUACAUAUUAUUUUAUUUAUUGCUUAUUUAUCCUCAUCUUGUUACAUUUUUGUUCUGUCUGUAGUCAGUGAUGCAUGUUAUGAACUGGGUUUUUGACCGCUCCCAUAAUUCCUUGUCUAUCUCUUAUUGAUAUCCUCUCACAGUGUGGAGGAGUUUGUCUGUAUGUACCGCCAUUGUAAUAAUCAGCCAAAAUGUAGAUGUGCUUAGACAACAAAAUGAGAUCAUUCCCAUUGAUCUCAGAACAGAAUGAAUGCAUGAUUACCACAGAGAGCGCUGGAUAAAUCUGCAGUGAUCAUAAAGUCUAGCAGCUUCAUGUAAAUGCACUGAUCCGGAUAUGUGACAGGGUAAAUAAGGCUUGCAGCGGCAGCAGCAAACGGUGCUAUUCAACACAAUUAGUUGAUCUCCUCUUAGACCAAAGACAAAUUAGCAGUUUUCGUUUUGGUGUGUACAUGCAUUCACACAUGGUGUGUUUGUUAUUACCAAGAGUACAUAGCCAUGUCUCUGGAAAUAUGAUAAAGGUCCCUAGAAACGCAUUAACCCUUCCAAGUCAGUUUAGCAUUGAUAAAUGUAUAAAUGUAGCAGUCCACGGCAAAGUGUAAUUUAAGAAGGCCACAGGAUAUUAAUGUUUUUGCGAAAUGUUUUUUUUUUUUUUUUUUGGCAUACGUUCCCCUCGUAUCGUAAACUAAACAUGAUAUAUUGGAUUUAAUUCAAGACUUUUUCUUUUUCUUUUUUUUUCUUAAAUAGUGUUUCUCUUUUGUGCUUGUAUUUUGUCAUUUAGUACAGUAGAGGUCAAAUGUUUUCUUCAUGAAGAAUUUUUUUUUUUUUUUUUGGUGGUUUGGAAUAAGUGUAUAUUACUUGUUUGUUUGUUUUCAUUAUUUGUUGCUAAAUGUGUCAUUUUAUUUGUGACUUUGUCUCUUCUGGGUUUUAAAACAUAGGAAACAUGGUGGGUCAUUUAAGAGUUAGAACUGCUAAGAAGAAUACUUAUUGGGGUAAACACAAAGUUUGUGUUUUAAUACAUAUUUUUAAACUUACAAAAUUAUUUGUAUUGAUCUUUCUUUGUUUGCAUUUUCUUCUUUGUGUUCUAAUUACUAAAAAAGUCCUUAAAUAUGGUUUCACAAACUAUGUUCUUGUAAAAAGGAUAUCUGAUUUUAUAUUAUUAUUAUUUUAGCAACGUUUUAAAUAUAAUAGCAUUUGAUGUUUGCUUGUAUUUUUUCCCUCCAUGCCUCAUCUCCCAAUUCUGAUUUUGCAUUUUCUUGUUUUAAACAUUUAUCUCAGAUAUGUGCCUUGCAAAAUAUGUUUCAAAUACCUUGCACAAUUGUUACAUCUUACUGUACAUGCAAGUUGAAGUCGUUAAGAAUGACUGACUUUAAAUGAUGUCCACAUAAUGUCUGGCUACAUUCUUUUAAAAAAUACUUUGUUUUCCAAAUGUUUUGAUUUUAUAAAGAAAUUUAUCAUCAAA